AAAUAAAUACAUAAAAUACGUGAAAAAAAAAAGAAGAAAAAGGAAAGGCAGAAAGGUCAUCCCUCCCGCCUACACCUUCUCUCCAGUCGAGGUGGAGGAGGAGGAGGAGGAGGAGGAGGAGGGCGUUUGGGUGGUGAGUGGGACAUGGAAGCUUGUUCGUGCUUCUCUGGCCUCUCGGCUGCCAAGCCUAGCUUCCUCCGCUUCCAUAAGAACAUAUCUUCCUUGCGUGUUUCCAGGUAUAACAUCCCCUUGUCUCCUUCCCCUCCCUCUCUCAAGUCCAAGCCCCUCCAGAAGCAGCAAUUGCCCAUUCGGAACAGCGUCAUUGGCAGCAAUAAAAGCAAAAGCAAUAAGAGAAGGAUUCUCCUCAAGUCCAAGCCUACUAGUACUACUUCUCCUCAUCAAGAAGCAGCAGAUGCUCAGCAGCAGCAGCAGCAACAAGAAGAAGAGUUAAUCCGGGAGGAGAAGAAGGAUGGUUCGAACGUAGUCAGCGUUCGAACUCUCUAUCAGAAUGGGGACCCUCUUGGACACAAGGAUCUUGGGAAAUGCGUGGUUAGGUGGAUUUGUCUGGGGAUGAGGUCCAUGGCUUCUGACUUCGCAUCUGCUGAGGUCCAAGGUGAGUUCUCUGAGGUGAGGCAGCGCAUGGGGAUGACCAGCCUCAACUUCGUCAUCCAGGCUCAGCCUUAUCUCAAUGCUGUUCCCAUGCCCAAGGGUCUCGAGUCCAUCUGCUUGAAAGCUUGCACCCACUACCCCACUCUUUUUGACCAUUUCCAGCGUGAGCUCCGAGAUGUCCUCCAGGAUCUUCAGCGAAGAUCCCUCAUUCCUGACUGGCGCAAGACCCAGUCUUGGAAGCUGCUCAAGGAGUUAGCCUCUUCAGCACAACAUCGAGCUAUUGUUCGGAAAGUUCCUCAGUCAAAGCCUAUCCAUAGCAGCUUAGGCAUGGACCUUGAGAAGGCCAAGGUAAUACAGGGCAAGAUUGAUGACUUUGUGAAACAAAUGUCAGAUCUUCUUCGCAUUGAACGUGAUGCAGAGCUGGAAUUUACUCAAGAGGAGUUGAACGCUGUGCCUACUCCCAAUGAAAGUUCUGAUUCAUCAAAACGUAUUGAAUACUUGGUCAGCCAUGGACAAGCUCAGCAAGAGCAGUGCGAUACCAUUUGCAACCUGAGUGCAGUUAGCUCUUCUACAGGUUUAGGAGGGAUGCAUUUGGUUUUAUUCAGAGUUGAAGGGAACCAUAGGCUACCACCUACUUCCCUCUCUCCAGGAGACAUGGUUUGUGUGAGAACAUGUGAUAGCAGGGGUGCAGGCGCAACUUCCUGCAUGCAGGGCUUUGUUAACAACCUUGGGGAGGAUGGGUGUAGCAUCAGUGUGGCCUUGGAAUCACGCCAUGGUGAUCCCACCUUUUCUAAGCUCUUUGGGAAGAGUGUGCGUAUUGAUCGGAUUCCUGGAUUGGCUGAUGUUCUCACAUACGAGCGAAAUUGUGAAGCCUUAAUGCUUCUUCAAAAGAAUGGCUUGCAGAAGAAAAAUGCUUCGAUAGCUGUCAUUGCCACUCUGUUUGGAGACACAGAAAAUGUCAAGUGGCUUGAGCAGAACAAUCUGGUUGAGUGGGGCGAAGCCGACUUGGACGGGCUAUUAGAGAGUGGAAUAUAUGAUGAUUCCCAAAUAAAAGCAAUUGCAUUGGGCUUGAACAAGAAGCGACCUCUUCUGGUAAUUCAAGGGCCUCCAGGUACUGGAAAGACAGGCUUGCUUAAGGAACUGAUAGCACUUUCUGUUCAACAAGGUGAACGGGUGCUUGUAACUGCACCCACAAAUGCUGCUAUUGACAACAUGGUAGAAAGGCUUUCAGAUAUUGGAUUAAACAUUGUGCGUGUUGGUAAUCCAGCAAGAAUAUCUACAGCUGUGGCGUCGAAGUCUCUAGGGGAAAUCGUCAAUGGUAGACUUGCGACUUUCCGGAAAGAGUUUGAGAGGAAAAAAACAGAUCUAAGAAAGGAUCUGAGGCAUUGUCUGAAAGAUGACUCUCUAGCAGCGGGUAUACGUCAGCUUCUAAAACAACUUGGAAAGACAUUGAAGAAGAAAGAGAAGGAUACCGUAAAGGAAGUGUUAUCAAGUACCCAGGUUGUACUUUGCACUAAUACUGGAGCAGCUGAGCCUUCCAUCAGAAGGCUGGGCAGUUUUGAUCUGGUUGUCAUAGAUGAAGCAGGGCAAGCAAUUGAACCAUCUUGCUGGAUCCCAAUUUUACAAGGAAAGCGCUGUAUCCUUGCUGGUGAUAAAUGCCAGCUAGCUCCAGUAAUUCUAUCCAGGAAAGCUAUGGAAGGUGGGCUUGGCAUAUCUCUCUUGGAAAGGGCAUCAACUUUGCACGAAGGUGUGCUUGCUACCAGAUUGAGAAUCCAGUACCGGAUGCAUGAUGCAAUAGCCAGUUGGGCUUCGAAAGAGAUGUAUGAUGGACUAUUGCAAUCUUCUCCAGCCGUGUCCUCACAUCUUCUUGUAGAUUCUCCAUUUGUCAAGGCUACAUGGAUAACUCAGUGCCCAUUGCUCUUGCUAGAUACGCGAAUGCCAUAUGGCAGCUUGUCUGUUGGAUGUGAGGAGCAAAUGGACCCAGCCGGCACAGGCUCCUUCUAUAAUGAAGGGGAAGCAGACAUUGUUGUGCAACAUGUUUUCUCUCUUAUUUAUUCUGGAGUCUCUCCAACUGCCAUUGCAGUGCAAUCUCCUUAUGUUGCUCAAGUCCAGCUUUUGAGAGACAGACUAGAUGGGCUGCCAGAGGCUGUCGGCAUUGAGGUUGCAACUAUUGAUAGCUUUCAAGGUCGGGAGGCCGAUGCAGUAAUUAUAUCAAUGGUUCGAUCAAAUACACUGGGAGCUGUUGGCUUUCUGGGAGACAGUAGACGGAUGAAUGUAGCCAUAACCAGAGCACGCAAACAUGUAGCGGUUGUCUGUGAUAGCUCCACAAUAUGCCACAACACCUUCUUGGCUAGACUUUUGCGUCACAUUCGACGCUUUGGAAGAGUAAAACAUGCUGAACCUGGAACUUUUGGUGGAUCUGGACUCAGCAUGAAUCCCAUGUUGCCUUCCAUCACUUGAUGUCUAAAAGCAGCUCAUUUUCCAUUGAUUAUUGUAUUUUGAUUAUUUGGGAGGACAAUUGUAAGUAAGCCUUAAAAAAAAAAAAAAAAAAAAAAAAAAACUCCCCCAUCACCCUUCUCUAACAGCAGUGUGGAUUCAAUUUCAUGUCUAUUCGGGAGGAUGUGUAUUCUCUCGCCAGCACAUCCAACUAUCACCAUCCAUGUACAGGUUUCCAAUCUGUAAAAAAAGAAUACAGAUAUCUUGAAGAAGUGCAGUUCUGCAACCAUUCUGAU